GACGAAGACAUUCCAGCCUCGCUGCUCAUGGAAGACAAGCCCGACCAGAGCACCUUCGCUCCACCCCCGAACCAUCGUACCGAAGCACAAUGGAGAAAGACCCAAGAAAGGCAACAACUACACCCGGACGACCGACCUCGUCCUGCCGUCUCGCGUGCUCCCAAUCAGGAUGCUGUUCUCAAAGAGCAAGCCAUGUGGCUUUGGACAAACGUUCAGAACUUGGAUGCCUUCCUGCUUCAGGUCUAUCAAUACUUCACUGGACAUGGUAUCUGGUCUAUCUUGUUAUCACGCUUCAUCCACCUAGCCACGACCGCUUUCCUCUUCAGUCUCUUCAUGUUUCUCUCCACUUGCGUCGACUAUGCCAAGAUACCUACCAGCAAGGGCACCUCGGAAGUUUUGAUCCCUCAGUGUAUGAAGAAGUCAUCUUGGACAAAGAGUUUGUUACUGUGGGCAUUCUGCUUCUGGUGGAUCAAGACAUUGUGUGGUUACAUUGCCGACAUCCCGAGGUUGCGGAAGAUGGAGAUGUUUUAUCAACACUUGCUCGGCAUACCAGACACCGACAUUCAGGCUGUCUCUUGGGAGAGAGUAAUCCAAGGUCUCAUGAAGCUUCGUGAUCUUAACCCUGAAACUGCCGAUACUGUUCCCAAGUAUUUGAAGGCGACGGGAAAGCAGUCAAAGCAGAAGAUGGAUGCCCAUGAUAUUGCCAAUCGCUUGAUGCGUCGCGACAACUACAGCAUUGCCCUCUUUAACAAGGAGAUCAUCGAUCUGACUCUGUCAAUACCGAUACUCGGCAAUCGUCAGUAUUACUCGAAGAGUCUAGAAGACUGCCUCAACCACUGUUUUUCUGGCUUCAUCUUUGACGAGCAAGGCCAAGUUGAUCCGUUGUGUCUGCAAAGGAAAGACAGACAUCGCCUGAUUCAGAUUCUCCGUCAGCGUCUCCGCUUUCUGGCCAUCAUGAGCAUCUUCAUGGCCCCUUUCACUAUCACUUUGCAUUGUAUCUACUAUUUCUCACGAUAUUAUGCUGAAUUCCGCGCUAGCCCUUCCGCCAUUGGAGCUCGUACUUUUACCCCUCUAGCAGAAUGGAAAUUUCGCGAAUUCAAUGAGCUGGAUCACGACUUCCGCCACCGCAUCAAGCAAGCGCAUCCUAUGGCGGCAGCUUACCUCGACCAGUUUCCUAGAGACAAGACUCACCAAUUCCUGCAGUUCGUUAGUCUCGUUAGUGGUACACUAGCAGGCCUAUUGACCAUCGCCACUCUAUGGGACUCAGAGCUCUUUCUUGGAUUCGAGAUCACGCCUGGUCGUACAGCUUUCUUCUACGUCUCGAUACUGCUGGCAGUGGCUACAGGAGCACGUAGUGCCAUCCCGGACGAGAGUAAAGUGCACGAGCCAAUAUUCCACCUGAAGAAUGUGAUUGGAGCCAUACAUUACUGUCCUGCGCGAUGGAAGAACCAGCUACACAGCGACGAAGUCCGCGUCGAAUUCUCUGCUCUGUAUCAGAUGAAGGUUAUGAUUUUCCUCGAGGAAAUUCUGAGUCUUCUCAUUGCGCCUUUCAUUUUGUGGAGAAAUUCUGGAAAGCGAAGUGAGAUGAUCAUCGACUUCUUCCGCAACUCUACCGUUCAAGUCGAUGGCCUUGGCCACUUGUGUACAUUUGCCGUGUUCGAGUUCAGGAAAAGCAAGAACGUCGAAGACGAUGUGGGCAAGGAUGUCGAUGGACUGCGUGGGGAUUAUUUUGGCACCAAAGAUGACAAAAUGGCCAUGUCGCAAUACUAUUUCAUGGAGCGGCUCAGCAAGUACGACAGACAACAGGCGUUCCGUCAAAACCGUGCUCAUGGUAUCCAACUUCCACCUGCAUUCCCU